UACUUCAACCACGUGGAGUUGUUUACAAUUUCCCCCAGCUUAUCUGGUUGUCAUCCUAAUGUAGACACUUCUGGACGCGUUCACUCUCUGAUACCGGAUUUUUUAAAUCUAAAUAAAGACAUGGGGAAGCCAAAGAAAAAGAGUGACCUGAGUCGCGCGGAGCUCAUGAUGAUGACCAUCGCUGACGUCAUCAAGCAGCUGGUUGAAGCGCACGAAGAUGGGAAAGAUAUCAAUCUCAACAAGGUGAAGACGAAGACUUCGGCUAAAUACGGUCUGGAAGCGCAGCCUCGGCUGGUGGACAUCAUCGCAGCCGUCCCGCCGCAGUACCGCCGGGCCCUGGUGCCCAAACUCAAGGCCAAGCCCAUCCGCACCGCCAGCGGGAUCGCCGUUGUGGCCGUGAUGUGCAAACCGCACCGCUGUCCUCACAUCACCUUCACGGGAAACAUCUGUGUCUACUGUCCCGGCGGACCGGACUCGGACUUUGAGUAUUCCACGCAGUCCUACACCGGCUACGAGCCGACGUCCAUGCGAGCGAUCCGGGCCCGCUACGACCCGUACCUGCAGACCCGGCACCGAGUGGAGCAGGUCAGUGACUCGUUGUUGCUCGUCCGUCUGGUUUCAGCCUGA